GUUUACUUUCUCUUUCGAUUAUAUCUGCGUUAUUACGCAAUUGUUCGUUACAUGUAUAAUACUAUUACAAAGCUGGAGAUAUUUUCUUUCAUUCUAUAUGCAAAUUUGGUAAGUGAACGUGAAAAUGUAGGUGUUAUUUACUGAAGAGAAAGUAAACAAAGAGAAUCUCUCAUUGGUUUAUGUGCCCUUAUGAAAUGUUCACGUCGAAUUGUCACUGCAGAAUUUAAUGUCAACAAAUUCACAUCGCGGGAAAACAUUUUACUUGUAUUUUCCUGUUGCUUACGAAUGCGUCACUACUUAGUUCAACAAAUGUUAUUGUUUCUUUAAACACUAUGCCUGAAUAUAGUAUCAAUGGAGUUCCGGUGAAUUUCCCGUUCGAACCUUACCAGGUACAGCGAGAUUAUAUGGCUAAAGUGAUCGAAUGUUUGCAAAACGGGACCAAUGGUGUUUUGGAAUCACCGACCGGCACAGGUAAGACUCUAAGCCUGUUGUGUUCAUCGCUGGCCUGGAUUCUGAACAAAAAAGCACAAGUGCAAGCAAAUAUGCAAACCAACAUCACCGAUUUGAAAGAAUUCGAGUUUACGAAGAAAAAUAAAGUUGACCAAAGUUCUAUGUCAAAUAACAAGCUGACGGAAAUGCAGGAAUUGUUGAAUCAGUUGGAUGAUGGUUCAGGAUCGAAUGGCGCCAAAUGGGGAGUGCCGAAAAUUAUCUACGCCUCGCGAACACAUUCUCAGUUGUCGCAGGCUAUGCAAGAAAUGAAAAACACAAGUUACAGUUUCAUGAAAGCUAUUAUUUUGGGUUCUCGGGACCAGUUAUGUAUUCAUCCGGAAGUUUCAAAAGAAGAAGGAAAUUCUGCGAAAACCUAUCUCUGCAAAGCAAAGAUCCAGUCGCGAACUUGUUCGUUUUAUAGUCGAGUUGAAAGCUGCAAAGAACGUCCAGAAAUUACGGGCAGUUCUAUAAUGGAUAUCGAAGAUUUGGUGAAAACGGGUACGAAAGUCAAAGCUUGCCCGUUUUUCCUGUCCAAAGAACUGAUUGAAAAUGCCGACAUUCUGUUCAUGCCGUACAACUACCUGUUGGAUCCACAAGCACGCAAAGCUAACAAUCUGGAAUUAUCCAAUACGGUGAUCAUAUUGGAUGAAGCGCACAACGUCGAAAAGAUGUGUGAAGAAUCGGCCUCCAUGCAGGUCAAAUCAUCCGACAUCGCGCUGUGUAUCGAUGAUGUGACUGCUAUCAUGAAAGUUAUGGAUAAAUCGAUUGCCAUUCCGGAGGAUGACGAAGGGAAAAAAGAUUUCACCAUCGAUGAUUUAGCAUUACUGAAGGAAAUGUUGCUAGCUUUGGAAAAAUCCGUCGAUGAGAUUCCGAUAAUGUUUUCACAGGGUGGAAAUACCUUUGUGGGAACGUACAUUUUUGAAAUACUAGAAAAAGCAAACAUCAAGGAAGGCAACUACCAUAUUAUUGCCCAGUUACUGGAGAACAUUGUUCAGUAUAUUGCCACAAUAACAGAAAAGAACAGCUUUGUCCGGCGUGGCGGUGGUUUGCAGGUAUUGGCGGACGCUUUGUCGAUUGUGUUUGCUGGUAGUGGUCAUGAGUACCGAGCUUCCAUCGAAAGAUGCUACAAGGUACAUAUAGACUUUGAAGAGCAAAAAAACGUACGGGGAAACGUUCGGCAAGCGGACGGUUGGACGUCAACGAAACAAAUGGUUCCAUCGGUGAAAUCUAACGCCAAAAAAGUGAGCUUCUGGUGUUUCAAUCCAGGUUUCGGAAUGCGACAACUGUUGGGGAAAAACGCCAGAAGCAUAAUAUUGACCAGCGGUACGUUGGCUCCACUGAAACCUCUGAUCAGUGAACUGGACAUACCGAUUGCCGUUCGAUUAGAGAACCCACACAUCAUCGACGGGAGUCAAGUAUGUGUGAAAAUUGUCGGACAAGGACCGGAUAAGGAAAGCCUCAACUCAAGUUACAGUAACCGAGACAAUCCAAAGUACGUUCAGAGUUUGGGUCGAACUAUCCUGUCUUUCUGUCCAAUAAUUCCUGGCGGUUUGCUGGUGUUCUUCCCGUCCUAUCCGCUACUGCACAAGUGUCAAGAAGCGUGGCAAGAAACGGGAAUUUGGGCACAAAUUAGUAGAACGAAACCGAUUUUUGUGGAACCCCGGGGGAAGCAGGAUUUUCUGAAUGCCAUGACGGAAUACUAUCAGAGAAUCAACGAUCCAGACGGAAAGGGAGCUAUAUUUAUGGCCGUCUGUCGAGGGAAGGUAUCCGAAGGACUGGACUUUGCCGAUAUGAACGGUCGUGCUGUGAUAAUCACAGGUCUCCCGUUUCCUCCACUGAAAGAUGCCCGGGUGAUUCUGAAGAAGAAGUACCUGGAAGAAGUGCGAACGAAAGAGAAUGAAAUUAUUUCUGGAGACGAGUGGUACUCUCUAGAAGCGUCCAGGGCAGUCAACCAGGCCAUCGGUCGAGUAAUUCGUCACAAAAACGAUUACGGUGCUAUUCUACUGUGCGAUAACCGCUUUCACAAUCAUCGACAGAAAGCUCAGCUCUCGGCCUGGAUUCAGCGACAUCUCAGUUCGACACAGCAGCCCAAUUUUGGUUCCGUCAUUGGUGAACUUUCCAGAUUUUUUCGCAACGCGGAAAAAUCGUUACCCCAAGCAAAACUUUCACGAUCAUUGGUUUCACUGUUACCGGAACCGGCACUGACAUACGCAGACUCUCACACAAACAGCUUGAUAGUAAAUCCGGAGACCAAGAAAAAAUUGGACGACAUUAAGAAUAACUUUCUCAAGAUAGAAAGCUCCAAUCAUGUGCCAAGUUUUAAGAUUUCGGAUUACCAACAGAAGCACGGCUCCAGCGCAGUGGCUGACAAACCAACGGAUUUUUUUGGACGCCUCAACACGCAAGUUAAAUCAAUCGAUUUCAAUGACAUGAGUUCCUACGCCAGUCAAGGUUCCUCCCAGUCAUUGGUCACUAUUCAUAAACGGGAGCGCUCAAACGAACAUCUAUCUGCGGGAAGCCACCAAGGUGGAUUAGUCAUGCAGAAAAAACGGAAAGUAGUGCUAAUUCCACAGGAAACCAUCAACCUGACCGGAGCCGACGACGAAAGCAACCGAGCGAUAGACGAUCCGAAUCGGCAGGCUCCGGAGGAUCGUGUGGAACUACUAAAAGUAAUCAAAACCUCCAUCAGUAUGGAAAAGUACAAGCUUUUUUUGACGUCUUUGACCACUUACAAGAAAGAUCAAUGCUUUGAACCGUUGAUGAACGGAAUACAAGAAGCGUUCAGUAAACCGAGCCUGUACUUUCUGCUACGAGCAAUGCGAAGAUUUGUGAAAAAAGAGCACGAGGCACAAUUUGAUGCGAAGAUUAAAGAAGUGUGUGGUUGAAUUUUAUACAUAACUCCACUUAACUGCCAGGAAAACGCAUAUAAGAGUCCUGUCCCGCAAAAUGCCAGUAGUCAUGCGGAACUAGGGAGAUAGUUUGCCCUAAAAUUGUGAUAUUGUUAUUAACAAAUGCAACAUUGUCAGUUUGUAUUCAUUAAAGUUUUUUAUUGAUUAAA